GCUUGUUUCAGCGUUUUUCGAACGACAAAUGAGAUCUCCGUGCAGGUUCUUCCAUACGAAUCCGAUUCAGUGGCGCCGACGGAGAAGAAUACGGUUGCCGUUGGAAUGGACCAGCCGUCGUGUUAUGACUUCAGUGGGCAGUUCAACUCACCUGCGCCGUUCUUCUUUCCGUCAUCAGCUUGUCCCAACACGGCGACUUGCAACAACACAACGGCUUGUCCCAACACAGUCAAUGCAUCAUCCAGUACUGAGCAACAAAUAGUGGGCUUUGCCCAGAACCCUACUAUCUGUUACGAAGCUCAAGCAACAGAAGUGGGAUUCCAGUAUGAUUACGAUGGAGGAGUAAUGCGACAAGAGCGUGUACGGGAUAGGACUACAAGUACGAGCCGGCAGUACCUAGACGAGGUGUAUAGUGAAGUCCCAGGACAAGGUGUCCCGAUUGAGGCGCCGGUGGCAAGAACAUUUGGCACCAUGGUUGAUGAGAAAGUGUUCGCCAGUGUGAGAAACGCAGAAACGAGUAUGGACGCGGCUGAGUUUGACAUACUCCGAGAUAUUGAGACCCAGACGACGUUGAACGAUGUGGGACUGAUGACGGAUUUUUGGACGGACAUGGGUCAUUCACCAUGA